AAAAGAGCAAGGGAGGUGGUGGACUGGCGGUGCUACCAGGAGGAACAGGACAAACUGAAGGAGGACAUGCAAGCCAUUGAGGUAAAGCAACGGGAGCACCAAGAGAGCUACAAGAAGGAGCGAGAGCCCCUGGCCCACCUCAGCUGGAGGCAAAGGAAGUCUGCUCUGUACAAGGCCAACAAAAAGCUCAUGGCCAUGCGGCCCCAGCGAGAAGUUGGAGUCCCAAGAGCUCUCCCUACCACUCAUUGUCAAAGGUGGAGUACCACAGACUAAUAGAUAAAUGAAUAGGGAAAUGAAUGAAUACAUCUGAAUAACUCAAUGACAUGGCUAGACAACAUAAUAGUUUGAUCUUGAAAUAAAUACUCCUAAUUAAAUUAAUAUUUUAAUAUUUAUGUUCAUGAAAUAACUAAAUGUAUCUAAAAAAAAAAAAUUGCAAAAUAAUGCCAUGAAUAUAUGCCAUUUCAUGCCGACUUGUCUGUUGUCAUUGCAGGUGAUGUGGAUGGCUCUGUCGAGGCCAUCCUGAACAUCUUGGAGAGCUACGAUGCGCAUGACCAGUGCCAGAUGGAGGUGGUCCACUUUGGCAUCGGAGAUGUCUCCGAGAACGAUCUCAACCUGGCCGAGACCUUCUCAGGUGCAUCCUCUACACAUCACACCAUGUCACUGAAAAGGGAGAUGUUUGGUCUCAAUAGAGGAAUACAAUGCCAGCAUCAAUGCGAUAGUAGUAUGCCCCAUGAGUACAUUCUAACUAAGCAUUAUUAUCAUCAACUUUUUCCAAUACUCAAAACUUAAAACACAUCUGGUUUACUUUCACUUCAGCGAACUUUCUUUGUAAUGAUUUUAACCCUUUACACUUGUGGGAAUUAGCCUAUAUGGAUAGGGCUAAAUUGAAGUGUUUCUUAUAGAAUACAUAUGAAUGGUAUAAGCAUGGUAGCAAUUGAAAGGGAACAGUUUGGCAAUUAUGGGGAAAUUAUUAGACCAAAGUUGAGGACAUAACAGUUCACCUGACCAAAGACUGAAUCCAAACAUUACACUGUUGAUUGUAUGUGUAUUUUACAUUUACUGUACUUUUCACAGCAUUUGCCAAUAACGAAAGCAGAAAAUACUCAGGAUACAUUCAGUAACAUAAUAAGAAUAUUCAUUGAAAUUGUGGAGUAGGUGCAACAUAAGACAAUAAAAUGACAAAGGUUAGAGUGAGAGGACUAACUGGUGUUUCCAAGUGGCCACACACUUCUCCAAAGUGUGCAGAGUUCCUAAGUAAUUUCAAUGCACUUUCAUGAGUAUUCAGCUAGAAGGUGCUUUUUUUUUUUUAGCUCUUCUAGCUGUGCCAUUGAAGAACUAGAGCAAGCAUACUUGUUGUUUUGUUUGGAACACAACCCUGCAUCCCUGCCGUCACACAAUUACUGUUUACACAAUCCAAAAAACGUAAAAAAUUUUAAAUCACCGAAAGCAAACCUGACUAGCUAAGUUAUAAAAUACGAUCUUAGUGUUAGGCUUUCACAAGGCAAUUCAGAGAAACAGAUCCUAAUUUUGGUGCGCAUAGAUAGGAGUCAUGCGUGCAUUCAGGUGUGUGUUACGCAGCAAAUUUUCUUCACAAUAAACAAACCGGCUCAUUCUGUUCAGAACAACCCAGGGUAUGACGCCAUGGAAACUUGUAACUGUACAUCAAACAUAGUGAUCAUAAAUAUAUAUGAUAUGGAAAUGUGAAGUGCGCAUUUGGACUCACGGGUGUUUGGCUUGCUUGUAUGACAUCAGUGGUAAUAUUUGUUUUCCAAAAGUUGCCCAAUUAGCGGGAGGGAUGGGGCAACAACUUCAGGUGCAGUGCUCAUGUUCAGAAUGGCUGUCAGUCAAAACCAAUACAGCGCUGUGAAGCGGAACCUGAGCUCUGACGUCAUGUAUAGCAUGUUACUAUACAGCCACUGCGUUCCAAUUUAGGCGCUUAUCAGUGCCCAGAUGUGCCAAUUUCAACCCGGCUACAAGUGUAAAGGGCUAUGUUUUAACCAGUUAAAUAUAAUCUAAAUAUAAUUUCCCUCAAGUUUCCUCACAUUGUUCCAUUGUUUAAUGCUCUUGUAUCCCCUUGAUCUGUCUGCUUUACUGUUAUUUUACUGUUUUAUAAUAUCCCCUAUAUUUACACUUUUGAAAAUGAAAAUAAGUCUUACUAUUAUUAUUAGUAAAUUAAUGUUUUAUGACCUUUUUUUUAUUUGAUGUUGACAAAUGUUUUGUUUAUCGUUAUCGUAACACUUGCUAUUUCUUCCAAUGACCAGGCACCAUAUACGGCUUCAAUGUGGGUGUCGAUAAGUCCAUUCAGCAGAUGGCCACUAAGAAAGGCAUUAUACUAAAGAUGCACAAAGUUAUCUACAAACUCAUCGAUGACCUAAAGGACGAGCUGAGCAGGAAACUCCCUCCUUCUGUAAAGGAGAAUGUGAUCGGUGUGUGUGGUAUUUUCAUUGAAUUAAUUUAAUAAAUCAGGAUAGUCCACUCGGUAACAAUUGGCUGUGUUUUCUUGGGAGUCCUGGGAUACGUCGAAACAAUAAACGUACACACGACAUAGUAAUUGUCAAAAAUGACAUGCAGUAGUGGUCAAAUAUAUUGGCACUUUUGCAAUGGAGCAGAAUGUUCAGUUUUCUCUUUCAAAACGUGUUAAAUGGCUAUUUUUACCGUGUAGGCACCUGCGACUUACACAGGUGAGGUAAAUUAUACAGUUAACAAGAAUCACUUGCCUCCAACCAGAUUAAUUUAAUUCUGAAUAAUUCAGUUCAGGACAUUUUUAUUUUGUUCUUUGAAUUGAAAAAUCUAAUUUUCUGUUAUUUUUUGGGAUCCUGUGCAGUUGUAAACCGAACAUAGUUCUUCCCAUUUCAACUUAUUUUAGAAGAAAUAGUGAAUCAUGCAAGGAUGUCUAUUUGACCGCAAUCAGUUGGAAAAUGAAUACCUUUAUAUCGGUGGUGUUAGUUGCUUUGUUUUCUGGUUUGCAUGCUGUUUAAAAACAAACUGGAUAAAUGUCUUAUUUUCACAAAAACUGGGAAUAGACUGUGCAAGAAACCCUAAUGUAUUGUUUGCAUCUCACACCGUUUGGGUUACUGUUUUGAAUCCCAAUGCUGACGGGAGGAAAGAAAAUCUGGUGGUAGUGAUCUCAGGUGCCUUCCUUGAGCAAAUAACUUAACCCCUUAAACUGCUCAUUGGGCACUGCAUUGUGGCUGGCCUCUGCUCCAGCCUCUCCAACCUAAUGUGUGUUUGUGUAUUUUGGAGGGUUUAGGUACAGCAGAAGACCAAUUUCUGUCUCGUAUGGAUUAAUAAAGUAUUCUUCUUCGUCUUCUCUUUCCAGGAGAGGCGUCUGUCCUAGCCAUGUUUGACGUGACUGUGGGGAAGAAGAAGGUGUCCGUCGCCGGCUGUAGAGUUCAGAAGGGUCAGCUAGAUAGAAAGAUGAAGUUCCGACUGGUCCGAGGCCGAGACGUCAUCUGGGAGGGUAAGCCAGAUAGUGUGAAGACCUACUACCAUGCCAAAUAGCUAAAGGGCAUGUCACUCAUCAGGGAUUCUUACUGAGGUUCAAGAUUUAGCUGAUACUUUUGAAUACAUAAAAAAAGAAAAGAUGCCAACACCUCCGGUUCCAUGGUUGCCAUGGCGCUGUAGCCUAGGCAGAGAGCUCUGUAAAUAUUGUACAUAUUUGUAUUAUUUUUAAGUGUUUUUCUGUUGCAUUUUGUUGUCUUUUGGGGGGUUUUGGCUGCUCUAGGGUUUGAUCACUAUAUCCUGUGGACUCUCAGACUUGCAGGAUCGUGAUGAAAAGUCAAUAUUUGGGCUUGUUAGGUGUAAUACUUCCAAACAGAUGAAACAAAAAGCCACAUUAUUGGAUUCCAAACAGUUUGGAAGUAUUACACCAAGGAUUGCAUGCUGUGUCCAGAGGUAGCUGAGGAAGUUCAGGAACUGUUCAGGGACUUUGUCUCAUUUCUAUUUUUUGUCUGUUUUUAGAUUUGAGAUUCUUUGAAAAGCGCUAUACAAGUUCCAAAAUGUAUUAAUUAUUAUUAGAUCUGUAACCCAAGUAUGCCUAGUAGGCUAGGUCUACGGUGUAGCCUAUGUUAUGUUUGUACAUUUUUUGAGCCAUUUAUUUAAGAGGACAACGAUGGUAAUACGUUUUGCAAAAUUGUUUUUGUGGUUGUAUUGUGUUUUAAAUGAUCAAAUACAUCUAACUAUCUAACCUUUUCAUUUAUGAAAUAGGAUUUUACCUAAAUGAGCACCUCAUUCCAUAGAAGCCUUUUAGGCGCAUCAGCAUAUCUAAACUAUACUUAUUCUUGAUUCAGUGAAAAAUAUGUUCCGUAUGGUGAAGUGAUGUCUUGUAUUUCCUGCAGGCUCCUUGACAGCACUGAAGCACCACAAAGAUGAUGUCCAGGUGGUGAAGACAGGGAUGGAGUGUGGCCUCUCUGUGGAUCAGGACAUAGAGUUCAGACCGGGAGAUGAAAUGGUGUGCUACGAAGACACUGAGACUCGGCAAACAAUUUCCUGGGAUCCAGGAUUUUAG